AGCACAGCGGUGGGUGUUGCUGGCCCGUUGUAGCGCUUCCGUCCCCGCUUGUAACGCAGCCUUCCCCGCCCCUCCAGUCCCCGCAGCCAUGUUCAGCUGGGUGAGCAAGGACGCGCGGCGGCGCAAGGAGCCGGAGCUGUUCCGCACGGUCUCGGAUGGGCUGAAGCAGCUCUACGCCACCAAGCUGCUGCCCUUGGAGGAGUACUACCGCUUCCACGACUUCCACUCCCCGGCGCUGGAGCCGGCCGACUGGGAGAACAAGCCCAUGGUGCUGCUGGUGGGGCAAUACAGCACGGGCAAGACCACCUUCAUCCGGCACCUCAUCGAGCAGGACUUCCCGGGCAUGCGCAUCGGGCCCGAGCCCACCACCGACUCCUUCAUCGCCGUCAUGGGCGGCGAGACCGAGGGCGUCGUCCCUGGCAACGCCCUGGUGGUCGACCCGCGGCGGCCCUUCCGCAAGCUCAACUCCUUCGGCAACGCUUUUCUCAACAGGUUCAUGUGUGCCCAACUACCCAACCCUGUCCUGGAUAGCAUCAGUAUCAUUGACACACCUGGUAUCCUCUCGGGAGAGAAGCAACGCAUAAGCAGAGGCUAUGACUUUGCAGCGGUACUGGAGUGGUUCGCAGAGCGUGUGGACCGUAUUAUCCUCCUCUUCGAUGCUCACAAGCUGGACAUCUCCGAUGAGUUUUCAGAGGUGAUCAAGGCCCUGAAGAACCAUGAGGACAAGAUCCGUGUGGUGCUGAACAAAGCAGACCAGAUUGAGACACAACAGCUGAUGCGGGUCUAUGGUGCCCUCAUGUGGUCACUGGGGAAGAUCAUAAACACCCCAGAGGUGGUGCGGGUCUACAUUGGCUCCUUCUGGUCCCAGCCACUCCUCAUCCCUGAGAACAGGAAGCUCUUUGAAGCGGAAGAGCAGGAUCUCUUCAAAGAUAUCCAGUCCCUGCCCAGGAAUGCUGCACUCCGCAAGCUCAAUGACCUCAUCAAGAGAGCCAGGCUCGCCAAGGUCCAUGCCUACAUAAUCAGCUCUCUGAAGAAGGAGAUGCCCAAUGUCUUUGGGAAGGAGAGCAGAAAGAAGGAGCUGGUGAACAACCUGGGCGAGAUCUACUUGAAGAUUGAGCGGGAGCAUCAGAUCUCACCUGGGGACUUCCCCAAUCUGCGCAAGAUGCAGGAGCUCCUGCUGAGCCAAGACUUCAGCAAGUUCCAGCUCCUGAAGCCAAAGCUGCUGGAUGCAGUGGACGACAUGCUGGCCAAUGACAUUGCCCGACUCAUGGUGAUGGUGCGGCAGGAAGAGUCUCAGAUGCCCACCCAGGCGGUGAAGGGGGGGGCCUUUGAGGGCACUAUGAAUGGGCCCUUUGGCCAUGGCUAUGGGGAGGGGGCUGGUGAGGGCAUUGAUGACAUUGAGUGGGUGGUAGGAAAGGACAAGCCCAGCUAUGAUGAGAUCUUCUACACCCUCUCACCUGUCAAUGGCAAGAUCACGGGUGCUAGUGCCAAGAAGGAGAUGGUGAAAUCCAAGUUGCCCAACACUGUCCUGGGCAAGAUCUGGAAACUGGCUGAUGUGGACAAAGAUGGAUUCUUAGAUGACGAGGAGUUUGCUCUGGCCAACCACUUGAUCAAGGUGAAGCUAGAAGGGCAUGAGCUGCCUGCAGAACUGCCCCCCCAUCUUGUGCCCCCCUCCAAACGCAGACACGAAUGACUCCCCAGCAUCCUUUAAAUGGGGGGGGAAUGGGCAGCCAGAUGCCUGGAUACCUCUAACUCUGCUAAAGAUCCACAACCCUUGAGAGCUGGGGGACAGUUUGAAUUUUGCUUUGAAAGGCACUGAACUUACACCUUCCAAAUGCUCCCAUCUAUGGGAGUGAUAAGACCUGAAUGAAACCCUCAUACAUGUUGUGUUGUGCACAAGAAUAUUUUUAAUAUAUUCAAGGCCACAUUUGUUCCCCUUCUGUCAUUUGGGGUGUUGCUCCAGGAGCUGCUAAUGCAACUGGUUUGUCUUCCUAAGGUGUUGAAUGAAUGGCUCCUUGUGGCAGGGCACCAUGGCUGAGCUGCAAACAUCAGUUCAAUCCCCCUGCCUGGGAGAACUGUUCACAAUGGAAUCCGCUUUACCCUUGUGCUGGGAUGGCACGUCUGUUUUCCCCAGCUGUCUGGUUUUGCUUCUGGGGGAGCAGGCACUGUAACUUCCCAUAGUGGUGAAGCAUUUCUAAUUCUCUUUAGAACGUGGUCCAAACACAUCAGUUCAGUUCUCAGCUGACUUUCCCCAAUGUACAGAGCAGUUUUUAUGCUAAUGACCCAGGUGGCUGGUUUUAAGAUAAAGUUGGGUAAUUUCUCCAGGGCUUCCUGAUCUCCCCAUACAGAAAUGUUCACAAGUAAAUGUGUUAAUUACUCUUAGCUCUAGCUACCAAAAAUGUAGACUAGUUAAAAUUGGAGAGGGGUUCUUAAAGGAACAUGGACAGACCUCUUUGGUGGGGGAACCCUGGUGCUGUUUGUUGUGCCUUUCACUCCUGGACUCCUCUUACAGAAGACAGCAAGUCAUACUUGCUUUGAAUCCCUCUGAGCCCUCACUUACUUUUAGACACCUCCUUUGCUGAUUUCUUGUCAAUUUCACAAUCCACAUCUCAGUUCUGGGAAGCCUGAAUUUCUCAAACAGGAAGAUAGUCUAUUCCAGAGGCUGCCUCUUCCUUAAAAUGCCACAGGUCUGAUACCUCACUGUCCCAAGCCUUGUCUCAUCAGUUGCUCCAGGGCAGACUAUUCCCUCUGGCUUUGCCCUAGUCUAAGUGAUGUGCAAGGUAUUGCCUAAUCUGAGCCUGUUAAUCCUCACCCUAUGUAACUGACACACUUUGCACUGCAUCACAUGGUCAGGUGUUCACUUCUAACUCUUUUCUGUCUAGAACAUUCAUCCUGAGAAGCCUUGGAAUUAAACAUGAGGUGGGGUAAAGACAGUUACUCUGGCAGCGUGCUCCAGUCUGAUGCUAGUGACUAUCACUAAACUCAGCCUGUCUUUGUCAACUAGAUCUGGAACUGUUAGCAAAGAACUUGUGGGGAAAGGGUGCCCAUCUUCCUGAUUCACUGCUGCACAGGCUGUGAUUGCAGUUCCUUAAGUUGCCUGAGUUUAUUGGCCUUCUCUGUCAACUUCAGGGCCCUGCCAGCAGCCCUCAAACAACUCAACUGCUUGCAAUUUUAACCAUUCUCUGUACCAACAUUGAUUGAGGACCUAGUCCAGAGACUGCAGCCUUUAGGGGCACCUACAGUUGGUGCACUGAAUCCUUCUGGGAUUGGGCACCCAAUUUAGGCUGUUCUCAAACCUUCAAGAGGCAGACCUUCCUGUGAAGCAGCGUUAGCACAGUGCUGGGAGAGGCCUAAAGGAUUUGCCACAGCAUCGUCCUGCCAGGCUGUGAGAUGGGGAUGGUUAAAGUGGAACACUCUAAGAGAUGUGCCUUAUUCUUGUGACUGGAGUGGAGGCAACAUGGUUAGGUGGUUUCUCUUAGUGCUUUCACAGGCAAGCAGCUAAAAAUGCUUUGCACAGGGUUCCCUAUCAGCUACUUAACAGCCUGGCUCUACUCAGUAUGUACUUGGUUUGUGGGCUGACUCCACUGAUGGGAAUCAAAAGCUUUUUGGUACCAGGUUGCCAGGGGAGGAGGAAGGGGGUCCAGUAUUUCUGGCUGAGUCCAUGUGACAGUCAAGAGACUAAAGCUCUGAUACUUCAGGUAACUGGCUAGAAUGUUCCCAGCUUCCUGGGCUUCUCCAUGUGGACUCCUGUGCCAAGGGAGUGUCCGACUUAAGGACUGUGCUCCAACAUCUAUUAACUAUGUAUAUUUUCCUCCUGUACAAUGAAGCGGUUCGCAUGGGGGGGCUUAGGGGAGGGCCUCCCCUCUUCUGAUGCACAGGCCUGGGGAAGUGCACUCUGUUUAAGCCUGUCUAAAUCUUUUUGAAACAUUAAAAUGCAUUGGCAAGUUCUGCA